AUGCGACCCGACCCCGAAGAGCAGCCCGCUGCCCCGAGCGCGCCAUGGAGGGCCGGCUCCGCCUUCGUCAUGGGCGCCGUGGGCUUGCUCUGCCGCGGCUUUUUGGCCAUGAGCAAGACGGAGACGCACGGGCUGGACAAUUUUAUGAAGCUGCUCGAGGCGCGCGAGGAUGUUGAGGGAAGGGAACGAGGGCUGAUUACGGUAUCGAACCAUGUCUCUGUACUUGACGACCCGAUGGUAUGGGGUGUCAUGCCGCUGUCUUACCUGUUCAGCCCUGACAACAUGCGCUGGGGCUUGGGCAGCUACGACUUAUGCUUUACAAACAAGGGUCUCUCGACUUUCUUCACACUGGGCCAAGUCCUUCCUACGCAUCGCUCCGUGCAUUCAGACUUCGGCGGCCUCUUCCAGCCCACCAUAACGCAAGCGAUACGCCUGCUCUGCCGUGGGCCGUUCCUCAACGCAAGCGACCACUUGGGGAAGCCGUCCAAAAAGUUCCGCAGCCCAGACGUCUCUGACCCGUUCAGCGGCGGUCACCUCACGUUCUCGACGAACGGCACCGACACGUUUCCUUCGCCGUCCGCAUACCUCACACGCCGCCAUGCUUGGGUUCACAUCUUCCCAGAAGGCAUGAUACAUCAGCACCCGGACAGGACAAUGCGCUACUUCAAAUGGGGCGUGUCGCGAUUGAUACUGGAGAGCGAUCCCAUGCCGGACGUCGUGCCGAUGUGGAUUGACGGACCGCAAGAGGCGAUGAGCGAGGAGCGCACAUUCCCGCGCUUCCUCCCGCGACCGGGCAAGAACAUCAGCAUCACCUUUGGCGACGUCUUGGACGGCGAGAAGGUAUUUGGAGAUCUGCGCGCGCGCUGGAAGCAGAUACAUGCGCGGGAAGAGGCGAGGAGCGGGAAGCUCGAGGUCGGGGUCCUCAACGACACGCUCAAAUACUCGCAAGAGGUAGUCGCGCUGCGUAAAGAAUGCACUAGGCGGGUGCGCAACGCCGUGCUCGACGUGCGGCGGUCUCGAGGCCUCGUCGACGAGGAUCCCAAGGCCGGAUUCGCAGAGACGUGGUUACGAGAGGGGCCGGGGCGGGCGGGCAGGAAAGAGGACGGCAGCAUCGUAAAGGAUACCUGA